AUGCUAGGAUCGAAGAAGGGAUCCGACAGACGAUCUAGCGUCGUUCGACAGCUGACAGAGGAGGAAAGUUCGGCAGCUGGUUGCUGUCCCCUAUGUGAUCGCCCUGACGUGGCCGAUAAGUGGAUGGUACAGUGCGAACUAUGUGAGAAGUGGUUUCACUUCUCUUGUGCGAAGGUGAAUAGUAGUGUAAAGGACAGAAGCUUUGCCUGCACUACAUGCGCACUUCCUCCAGGCCCGGAAUCCGUGAGGACGGGGGCAUCCAGUACCAGUUCAACGAGGAGAAGGCUGGAGCUUUUACGACUGGAAGAGGAGAGGGAAAUUCAGGAGAGGAUCCUGAAGGAACACGCGGAAGAAGAGGCGGCUCUGCAGAAGAAGGCACAGGAGGAAGAGAAGGAGCGAAGGAAGAGGAUAAUGGAGGAGAAACUGGAGAUAGCGAGAAGAUACCUCGGCAAGAAGUACGAAGUGCUUCAGGAAGAGGAGCGGUCCAACGACGGUAAGAGCCGGAGAAGCAAUGUCAGCACCCGGAGCAAUCUCGACAACGUUCUGAAGUGGGUUGAGGAUCAUGAUUUAGCCAUGGCUACUGGAUCCGGGACAAAUCAAGUCCCCAUCAGUUCCACGCUAAUCACUGAAGCUGGCCACAAAGAAGCAUCUGUCGAAAUCUCAACCGACAGCAUACUCCCGAAUGCCGCUGUUCAGAGUGGCACCCGCACGACACCAGUAACAACUACCAGACCGUACAAUUGUAACGACAUCGCAUCGUGGGGUAUACUAGUUCCCCGUUCAGGUCAAAACCCAGUAAAUCCACCAGCAUGCCUACCCCCGCCACGAUCGACGACCUCCCACACCCCAGCCUUUCUGGGAGCAGCCGAAAUCUCGCCCCCACCGCCUCCUCAAGCUGGACUGCCGGCAACGUUUUCCAUGAACAUUUCCGCACCACACGUCAGCGAGAAAUCCAGAGCAGACCUAGAGCGAGAACUACACGAAGUGCAGCAGCAGCUAGCCAACUUGAAGCGAUCGUCGUCUGGGCAACAUCAUCCAAGUCCGACCAACAACAGUGCACCGGUGGUAGCAGUAACUACUAGCCUAAGUAACACUAUGAGUACAGGUAUGUCAAACUUGCUUGAUUCGUCCCAGGUAGGGCAAGGAGUAGCUAGGCAGGCAGAUAUUCCGAUCAAUUAUUCAGUAGGUACUCAGGCUGCAGGUUUAGCUCAGGGUGUUGCAAUACGUACGUCACAAAAUACAGUAUUGAACUCUAACGCCUCACAGGCAGGGAUGACAAGGGUUCCCAACCACUCCAAUGACUAUUCGUAUCAGGGUGCCCCUUAUGUGCAACCAUCGCGACAAUACGAACCUAUUAUUCUAAACUCUGUCAAUCAGAAUCCGAUGUGCUCGGUCGGUUCUGUCGGUGGACAUUUGUCGCGGCAGUUCGUGUCAAGCUUUUCGAAUCCGUUAAUUCAGCAUUCGAGUGGUGCAGCUUCCAUUCCGUUCGUCGCGAGUGUGCCUAGUGUUCCGAACCCUAUCAUCACGCCGUCAGUGUCAAGAAGAAUUCCCAACGAUCCUCCAUCACUGGUGUGUGGGCCGAAUUCCCAGCAAAUUGCCGCAAGACACGUAGUUCCCAAAGAACUACCGGAAUUCACAGGGGAUCCUAUAGACUGGCCGCUGUUCGUGAGCAGCUACACCAACUCAACGCGUAUGUGUGGCUAUACGGACGAUGAGAACCUUAUGCGGCUUCAACGCUGCUUGAAGGGAAAUGCGAAGGAGGCAGUUCGAGGGCAUCUUUACCACCCGUCAUCUGUACCACAAGUUAUGGCUACUUUGGAAACCCUCUUCGGACGACCGGAAUUAAUUGUGAAGUGCCUCAUGAACAAAGUUCACGCAACACCAGCGCCGAAAGCGGAGAAGUUGGAAAGCCUCAUCAGUUUCGGACUCGUCGUGCAGAAUUUGUGCAGCCAGUUGCGGUCUAUGGGUAUGGAUGCCCAUUUGUCGAAUCCCUCUCUGCUGCAGGAGCUAGUGGAGAAGCUGCCGGCCAACAUCAAGCUGGACUGGGCUCUAUAUCAAAGACAAGUUCCGGUGGUGGAUUUGAACGCUUUCGGCACGUAUAUGACAACGAUUGUGUCAGCAGCCAGCAACGUCACAUUCUACGCAGAACCGCUUCGUAAGCAGGAGAAGCCCAAGGGGAAGGAUAAAGGAUUCAUCAAUGCACAUUCUUCAGAACCGGACCAGAAAAUCAAUCAUGAGGUCCGAAAGGGAGAUAGCAGUGCAAUUUCAACCUACCAAUCGAAGCCGUGUCUGAUGUGUAAGAAAGACGGACACAAAUUGAGGGACUGUAAUAGUUUCAAGAACUUGUCAUUAGAAAAUCGUUGGAAGACUACGCAGCAGUUGAAUCUAUGUCGUCGCUGCCUGAUUCCUCAUGGUAAGUGGCCAUGCAAAGCUACGGUAUGUGGUGAAGGCAACUGCAAUGAGCGGCAUCAUCAGCUACUGCACCCUGGGAAACCCCAUGCACCGUCCUCCGAAGUUCCAACAUCAUCGAAGGGACAUUCCACGUCUCUUCCGCCAGCGAACGUGAAUGUUCAUCGGCAACUGCCGUGUCCGGUACUUUUCCGCAUACUCCCCGUGACACUACAUGGGAAAACGGCAUCAAUCAACACUUUGGCAUUCCUUGAUGAUGGAUCGUCGUACACGUUGAUGGAGAAAGGCUUAGCGGACGAGCUAGGCGUGGAAGGAGAAGCAGAACCUCUGUGUUUGCAGUGGACCAGUAAUAUCCAGCGAACUGAAUGGGAUUCAUUAAACGUCCAGCUCGAAAUCUCGGCUGCUGGCAAAGAUCGAAAGCACUCGCUAGAAUGUGUGCGGACUGUCGAAAGUUUGAAUCUUCCACCACAAUCGUUGGACUAUGAGGGAAUGGCCAGCAAGUUCGAUUAUCUCCAGGGCCUCCCCGUCGAUAGCUACUCUGCUGCGGCUCCUCGUAUAUUAAUCGGUGCCGACAACGCAAAACUGUUGCUGACUUUGAAGAAACGCGAAGGAAGAUACUGCGAGCCAGUUGCAGCAAAAACAAGGCUUGGCUGGACGAUAUACGGCAAAGUGGAAGGAUUCGACGGCCCCCCAGACCAUCGCCUCCUUCACAUAUGCGCGUGUUCCUGCGACCAGCAGCUGCAUGACGCAGUGAAUGACUUCUUUUCCAUAGAGAAUGUUGGAGUCGCUCUCGUUCCGCUCCUGGAAGGUGAAGAAGAUCGACGUUCGCGAGAGAUACUAGAGGUUACAACAAUGCGUACAUCAUCAGGUCGUUUCCAGACGGGGCUGUUAUGGAAAUUCGACUACUUCGAGUUUCCUGAGAAUCGAUACAUGGCGGAGAAACGAUUGAUGUGCCUGGAACGGAGUUUAUCGAAAAAGCCGGAACUAUACGCCAACGUUCGGAAACAAAUGCUCGAUUAUCAAACCAAAGGCUAUGCUCAUAGGCUGACUGAACAAGAAAUCAGCAACAGUGAUCCGAGAAGAGUGUGGUACUUGCCGCUAGGAGUAGUGCAAAAUCCCAACAAACCUGGGAAAGUUCGAGUUGUGUGGGACGCUGCAGCAAAAACUGGAGGCGUUUCUUUGAACUCAAUGCUGCUGAAAGGACCAGACUUGCUUACAUCGUUACCGUCAGUGUUAUUCCGUUUCCGUCAGCGAGAGGUUGCCAUCACCGGCGACAUUAGAGAAAUGUUCCACCAGAUCCUCAUCCGUCCAGAGGACCGGCAAGCUCAACGAUUCCUGUGGCGGGAUAACCCUGAAGAUCCUGUACAAGAAUACGUAAUGGACGUUGCGACAUUCGGGUCGACAUGCUCGCCGUCCUCCGCCCAGUACGUGAAAAACAAAAAUGCUGAGGAAUGGAAACAGGUUUAUCCGGAGGCUGCUGCAGCAAUUGUGGAGAACACAUACGUGGAUGACUACGCGAACAGUUCGGACACAGUAGAAGAAGCGGUUCGCGUAGCUCUUGAAGUGAAAAAGAUCCAUGCAAGUGCGGGUUUCGAAAUACGGAAUUGGCUUUCAAGCUCCGAGCAAGUUCUUCGACGGGUCGGGGAACAAAGUGAGCAAGUUGCGAAAUCCUUUAUUGCGGAGAAGGCUACUAGCUCAGAGCGAGUCCUUGGGCUGUCGUGGGUGCCAGAGAACGAUGAGUUUACGUUUGCUUUCAGACUACGGCCGGACGUUCAGCAGCUACUAGCAGAAAAGCUUAUGCCAACGAAGCGUCAGGUUCUCCAAGUAGUCAUGAGUAUCUUCGACCCCCUGGGGCUUGUGGCCGCGUUUGUCGUACAAGGCAAAUGCUUGAUCCAGGACAUUUGGAGAGCCGGUGUGAACUGGGACGAUUGUAUUCCGGAAGAUUUGCUUCAUAACUGGCGGCGAUGGGUUGAAGUGCUUCAAAAUCUGGACCAAGUGAAGAUACCUCGCUGCUACUUUCCUGGAUAUGAUCCACGUUCUCUCGACAACCUCGAACUCCACGUAUUCGUAGAUGCGAGUGAAGCCGCGUAUGCUUGUGCGGCUUAUUUCCGGAUUGUGGACCGCGGGCGGGUACGCUGUUCACUCGUAUCCGCUAAAACAAAAGUAGCCCCCUUGAAGCCAAUGUCAGUCCCUCGACUAGAACUGCAAGCCGCAGUCAUCGGAGUUCGACUGAUGAAGUCGGUUCAGGAGAAUCACACAUUACCGAUCAGUCGUCGUGUCAUCUGGGGAGACUCAAAAACAGUUCAGUCCUGGAUUCGUUCAGACCAGCGAAAGUACAGGCAGUUUGUCGCAUACAGAGUCAGCGAAAUUUUGAACGCAACAAGUCUGGAGGAGUGGAGAUGGGUCCCAACGCGGCUCAAUGUCGCGGACGAAGCUACGAAGUGGGGAAAAGGGCUCUGCUUCAACUCAGAAUCACUGUGGUUCAUUGGGCCAGAAUUCCUCUACGGGGACGAAUCUGAGUGGCCAAAUCAAGAGUUCUCUCCACCGGACACUCCAGAAGAGAUGCGCUCAGUGCACGCUCACCAUCAUGCAAAUCCAGUUUCGUUGGUCAACUAUAAACGUUUCUCCAAGUUUCAACGGCUGCUGCGAACGGUUGGCUACGUUCUUCGGUUCAUCGACCGCUGUAGGAAAAAAUCUACCGAGCCUGGUGAUGGGACUACCCUGUCAAGAGGAGAGUUAUUGAAAGCAGAAAUCGUUCUUUGGAAGCUAGUACAAUCCGAAGAGUACCAGGAGGAAUUGACAACGAUCCGCAGAAACCAGCAUCUACCAGCAGAACAGACUAAACGAUUGGCAAAGAGGAGCCCAUUACGAAAGCUGUCGGCAUUUCUUGAUGAGCACGGGGUGCUACGUAUCGAAAGUAGGAUUGGCGCUGCUGAAUUCAUCCCGUAUGGUCCAAAGUAUCCUGUAAUUUUGCCGAAAUCGCAUCGUUUCACCAUAUUACUUGUGGAACAUUUCCAUCAGCGAUACGCACACGGUUAUGGAGAAACCGUGAUCAACGAACUCCGCCAGAUUUACCAUAUACCCAAUGUAAGAACCGUUGUCCGGAUGGUUGCGAGGAGAUGUUUAUGGUGCGCUGUGUAUCGCGCUGUUCCAAAAGCACCACGAAUGGCACCCCUUCCGGCUGCCAGAAUAACUCCGUAUGUUCGACCAUUUACCUUCAUCGGUAUCGAUUACUGUGGACCCUUUCUCAUCCGAGUCGGCAGGAGCAAUGUGAAGAGAUGGGUGGUCCUCAUUACAUGCUUAACCAUUCGGGCUGUCCAUCUAGAAGUAGCAUGUACUAUGUCCACCGAAUCCUGCAAAAUGGCAAUAAGGCGUUUUAUAUCGAGAAGAGGUGCCCCGCAGGAGAUAUACAGCGAUCAGGGCACGAACUUCGUUGGAGCAAGCAAGGAGUUGCAGGCGGAAGCAUCGGCAGUGAAUCGUGCCUUAGCUGAGACAUUCACCAACCGUCAAACACAGUGGCGGUUCAACCCUCCCGCUGCCCCACACAUGGGUGGUGUGUGGGAACGAAUGGUGCGAACCGUCAAAACCUCGUUAGAGACGCUAUCAACCAGCAGAACACCGGAUGAAGAGACGUUCCAAACGUUGUUGACAGAAGUAGAAGGAAUCGUUAAUUCUCGGCCUCUGACAUUCGUUCCGCUGGGAGCUGAAGAUGACGAAGCACUCACGCCGAAUCACUUUUUGAUGCUGAGUUCCAGCAGUGUAGUACAACCUCCACAGGACCCGGUAGACAAUCCUGGGCCAACAUUGCGAGCUAAUUGGAAUCUAAUACGGAGCCUGUUGGAUCAGUUUUGGCAAAAGUGGAUCAAGGGAUACUUGCCAACGAUUUGUCGUCGUACAAAAUGGUUCGACGAUACCCCACCAGUGAAAGCUGGAGACCUGGUAGUCAUUGUCGACGAAGGCGUCCGAAACAGCUGGCUACGUGGCAAGAUCGUGAAAGUAUCUCCUGGAAAAGAUGGUAGAAUUCGAGCAGUAGAGGUGCAGACUGUUAAGGGAAUAUUCCGGCGUCCAGUUACCAAAGUGGCAGUCCUUGAUGUGGCUGUUAGAAGUAUGGCUGAGGAAGACCAGCAGCAAUACGGGUCGGGGAAUGUUCCUGAACAGGCCUAA